AUGGCUCCGUCGCGCUGCUCUUCCCUGGUGGUGCUCUUGCUUUUGGGCCCGACCGCCAUCACUGGCGUUAAAGCGGCUCGGACAGCGCUGAAGGUGACGGCAGUGUCAGGGUCGAAUGAAAGCAAGAUUUCGAGGGAGAGUAAAACGGCUUAUAAGCUCUUGUGUGAUGCCCGCCUGGGCAUGAGGAAGUGGAUAGAGAAUCCAUGUGGCAUGUUUAGUCCCACGUGCCAGAAACUGGACUUCAAGUGUGAUGGGGAUUCGCGCGUGGAAGAUCUUACGAUAAGUUGGCACCAGGAUACGCUUGGCCUCGGAUCGCUCUCCAACCUUCUGGGGCCUCGCACGGGCUGGUCCAUCUUAGACUCCAUUUCUGAAAAAAUUGGUUCGAAAAUGACCUUUAAGAUCAAGAAGGACCUUACUCCUGUGGAAGCACCUCCAACUUGGCUCUUUAAGGAGCAUGUCACCCGUUACUUCCUGCAGUCUUUCGGCUGCGACGACCCGAAAGAGGAGUGCUUCAUCCCCUGGCCUGGGUACGAGGCGGUACGUUCGGAGGGGCAAGCAGUGGGAAUUACGCGCUUCUACCUCGCUUACAGGGAGGAGGUUCCAGGGCACCCUGAGACCCGCAUCGAGAUCGGCCAGUGGGCAACGGAUCAUCUGGAGUCCAACUUUACAUUCCUCGGGACGGGCGUGGAACCGCCGCCCGCCCUCGUGUUUGCGGGAUCGGUCGGCACGGGCUGCGUGGGAGGCGCGUCUUGCGAUGAGCCCGAGAACCACGGGUACCCCGUCCCGUUCAAGGAGUUCGAAGUCACGGCCCACCACCUGAUGGAGCAUCCCCAGGGUUCGGGCCGCUACCAGCUCAGGAACAACACCAACCGCGCCGUCCAGGAGGAGACCGUCGUCCACAAGUUCAAGGAGAGCCACUGA